AAAGGUGGCAGCAAAAGCAGUCUAUAUGGCACAUGCCACACUUCAAGCAAGCGAAGCAAAGAGCACGAACGGUCCUGAUCUUCGCUGUUUACACGUGUUCCGAGAACGAUAUGACUCCAUUACCAGUUGCACCGACUGAUCAAUGGAUGCAUCGUCAAAUCGGAGUGGAACCCUUCACACAUCUUCUCCCAAUAACUAUAGAGAUUUAUGCAGGAAAACCAUGAUGCUUGGAGUGGCCGAGACCGCCAAACCAAACCGCAAACGCCAGUGGAAAAGUAAAUCCGCCAGCUUGAAGAGGAAGAGAACCGAAUUUCACCCAGAAAGCCUUGAAAUUAACACCAUGGUCAAAAAAAGCCCAGCCUUUUUCACGAGCACCCUCGGCUUGGGCGCUACAAGGGCUGAAGAGGCCAAGAGCGGGCAGGAGUUCCGCGGGUCCCAGGCCUCGACCUCAUCCCUUCACCACAAAGUAGCCCAGCGCCCGGGGGCGGGCCCGGCUCUCGGUGAGCGCUGGGAGUCGGACAGCGGCUUCUCGUCCGAGGCCAGUCCCCCGGUGAGCGGGCGCAGCUCCCCGUCGCUCUGCCCGUCCCCGGCGCUGCUUGUGUCCCUGGACUGCGAGAUGGUCGGCACGGGGCCCCGGGGACGCUGCAGCGAGUUGGCCCGCUGCAGCAUCCUGGACUACAGCGGUAGCGUGCUCUACGACAAAUACAUCAGCCCCUGUCAGCCCGUCACAGACUACCGGACGCGCUGGAGCGGCAUCCAGAGGCACCACCUCCUGAACGCCGUACCCUUUGCCGAGGCCCGGGAUGAGAUUCUCUGCAUGCUGGAGGGCAAGGUGAUCGUGGGACACUCCAUCUACAACGACUUCAAGGCCUUGGACAUGUGCCAUCCGUGUCACAUGGUCCGUGAUGUGGGCAGCAGUCGCCACGUCAGGAAGCUGGCGGGCUUCCCCCACAACCGCUGCCUCUCACUGAAGAUCCUGGCCAACAAGCUCCUGGACCGGAGCAUCCAGAGUGGGAGGAAAGGCCACUGCUCGGUAGAAGAUGCCCUGGCAGCUCUGCACAUCUACAAGCUGGUGGAGAAUGAGAUGGAGAGCGAGCUGUGGAGCAAAACCAGUAAGAGCGAGGAGUUGCCACAACCAGGACCAGUCUCCAUUGACCACUACAUGCAAGACCAGUACUGGCCAGAGCACCUUACUGACGACGGCCAAUGAGGAACGCGCUAGUGACUAAGGUGUCAUGGGAUCAUGCUGUAAGUUAUGGAUUUGGCAGGUUCUCAUCUAGCUGGGGAGUAGAGAAAGAUUUAACAGUAAAUCGAAUAUAUUUGGAGACAACAUUUCCCCGAUAUGUUGUUUAAUCUAAGUGCUGUAUCUAAGAGCAGAUGCAGCACACACAUAUUCCGACAAAUAUUUCAAAGGGACCCUAUUAUACCUUGAGUGUUUGUGAUUAGCCAUUACCAGCUGCCAUUACAAGUCUGCCCUUUUCUGUGCCUUAGUGACAUCACAAGUGGGGGUGUCCACCUAGGUUGACACCCCCACUUGUGAUGUCACUAAGGCACAAGAAAUGGCCGAACUUGAAACGGCUUGUAAUGGCUAAUCACACUCUCACCUGGUGGUAUAAUAAGGCUCCUUUUUAAGUGUAGCUGUGGGUUAGCAACAUGCACAUACCUAAAGGGUAUGAUGGGUAUUACAAAUCCAAUAACUGGUCUGUGAAACAAAAUGUUCUUUCUCGUCAUAUGAACUGAAAUGAACGGAGAAAUGUUAUAAAAAUAUAAUCUUAAGGCAAUGUGUAGUUUUUAACUUGGUUGUAAGAUCUGUGAAACAUGUGUUCAAUAACAACACAUUUUUUGCUGUUUUCUGGUGAAUAUUUUCAAAUGACUAACUCAAAAUGUUUUUGUGUUUUUGUGUGAGAAAUGUUCUUAAAGUUUACUCUUAAAGUUGGAUUUUUGCAAAAUGCAAACCCUCCCAAUACCUCCUCUUGCUCCUCCAAUUGUACAGAUGGAAAGGUUAAUUUAUAUAACUUGUAUAUUCUGCUUGGAGGUCGAAACAUGGUUUUCAGGUGUUUAUAACUUUGUUGGAGACGGUAUUCUGUUGUGUUCAACACAUGGCGCAUGUUUUAUCAUGCUCCCAUCCGACAUGAACACAAUAAAAUUAAGUCGUAAAGCACCUCAGUA